AGGGCGGAGCGGGGAGAAGGGAGCGGACGGGCGCCCGGCCGGCUGCGGUCCGUGCGGAGGCUGAGCCGGCCGCGGGCGCGACCGGAGGCAGAUAAGAACACUGACACCCUGAGAGUUCUCACAGUUCGUAAGUGGCAGAGCCAGAAUUUAAAUCCAGGGAGUGUAACUCCAGUCUCUCAGUCAACAGUUAAAACUGGAUAUUAUGGGAGUUUCUGUUACUAUGGCAAUGACGGCAGGGACUACAACAACCUUUCCUAUGAGCAACCAUACCCGGGAAAGAGUGACUGUAGCCAAGCUCACAUUGGAGAAUUUUUAUAGCAACCUAAUUUUACAGCAUGAAGAGAGAGAAACCAGGCAGAAGAAACUAGAAGUGGCCAUGGAAGAAGAAGGAUUAGCAGAUGAAGAGAAAAAGUUACGUCGAUCACAACACGCUCGCAAAGAAACAGAGUUCUUACGGCUCAAAAGGACCAGACUUGGCUUGGAUGACUUUGAGUCUCUGAAAGUUAUAGGAAGAGGAGCUUUUGGAGAGGUGCGGUUGGUCCAGAAGAAAGAUACAGGCCAUAUCUAUGCAAUGAAGAUAUUGAGAAAGGCUGAUAUGCUUGAAAAAGAGCAGGUGGCCCAUAUCCGAGCAGAAAGAGAUAUUUUGGUAGAAGCAGAUGGUGCCUGGGUGGUGAAGAUGUUUUACAGUUUUCAGGAUAAGAGGAAUCUUUAUCUAAUCAUGGAAUUUCUCCCUGGAGGUGACAUGAUGACAUUGCUAAUGAAGAAAGACACCUUGACAGAAGAGGAGACACAGUUCUACAUUUCAGAGACUGUUCUGGCAAUAGAUGCGAUCCACCAGUUGGGUUUCAUCCAUCGGGAUAUUAAGCCAGACAACCUUUUAUUGGAUGCCAAGGGUCAUGUAAAAUUAUCUGAUUUUGGUUUGUGUACGGGAUUAAAGAAAGCUCACAGGACUGAAUUUUAUAGAAAUCUCACACACAACCCACCAAGUGACUUCUCAUUUCAGAACAUGAACUCAAAGAGGAAAGCAGAAACUUGGAAGAAGAACAGGAGACAACUGGCAUAUUCCACAGUUGGGACACCAGAUUACAUUGCUCCAGAAGUAUUCAUGCAGACUGGUUACAACAAAUUGUGUGACUGGUGGUCUUUGGGAGUGAUUAUGUAUGAAAUGCUAAUAGGAUAUCCACCUUUCUGCUCUGAAACACCUCAAGAAACAUACAGAAAAGUGAUGAACUGGAAAGAAACUCUGGUAUUUCCUCCAGAGGUACCUAUAUCUGAGAAAGCCAAGGACUUAAUUCUCAGAUUUUGUAUUGAUUCUGAAAACAGAAUUGGAAAUAGUGGAGUAGAAGAAAUAAAAGGUCAUCCCUUUUUUGAAGGUGUCGACUGGGAGCACAUAAGGGAAAGGCCAGCAGCAAUCCCUAUAGAAAUCAAAAGCAUUGAUGAUACUUCAAAUUUUGAUGACUUCCCUGAGUCUGAUAUUUUACAACCAGUGCCAAAUACCACAGAACCGGACUACAAAUCCAAAGACUGGGUUUUUCUCAAUUAUACCUAUAAAAGGUUUGAAGGGUUGACUCAACGUGGCUCUAUUCCCACCUACAUGAAAGCUGGGAAAUUAUGAAUGAAGAUAACAUUCACCCAUAACCAAGAGAACUCAGGUAGCUGCAUCACCAGGCUUGCUUGGCGUAGAUAACAAUACACUGAAAUACUCCUGAAGACGGUGGUGCUUAUUGACUACAAGAGGAAAUUCUACAGGAUUAGGAUUUCUGAGACUACUAUAGGAAUUGGUUGGCAGUGCCAGCUGGCUCUUUUUUUUUUUAAAUAUUUUAUUAUUUUUGUUAACUUUAUUAUACGAAGGUACUGGAAUAAAAGGAACGGACAUCCCUUUCUAACUGCACUGCCUACAUGCGUCUUAAGGUCCAUUCUGCCUGUGUGUGCUGUGGCUUUGAACUGUAACACCUCUAAUUAAUUCAGGAGAAACACAUAUCAUUUAAAGCAACAUAGGCUAACCUGUAGGUAACACUGCAGUAUUGAUGUUUUACUGCAAAUCUUAUGGGUCUAGAUAAUCAGUAAAAGCCAUCUUCCAUAGUUGGUGUUAGAACAUUGCCCUAUUGGUUUGGACAUCUGUAGAAUAUAUAUGAAGACAAUUUCUGUGAUGGUUUUAAGAGAUUUAAAAAGAAAUUCACUGGUUCUUUAAAAAAUAGAAUUUAUCAUCAAGUUAUUACACAAACUCCACAGUAAGGAGUGACAAGUUUAUAAUAAGGAAGAGAAAGUUUAACACCUUCACUCAAGCACUCCACUAAUAUAUUUACGUUGCAUUCAGAAAUACUAAUGACCUUUAUAUACGUAGUCUGUAUACUCAUAGGGAGAUGUACUGUAUUAUAUAACAUGUAAAGUUGAUUUUCUUGUGACAAGAGGACUUCUUUUUUUAACAAGAGGACAUGGCAUUAUUUUAAUUUGAUUAUGGUGAGUUGAAAUUAAGAAAUGACCAUGAAGGCUGCUUGUAGAAUUAGUGUAUUUUUAUUAAACUAUUUUUUUAAAUGUCAAACUUCUAUCAUGUAAAUGGACUUGUAGAGAACAAAAAGCUAUUUACUUUGGUUUUCUAGAAAGUUGUUACAUAUCAUGGCUGGUUAACUUUUAUUUCUUUUGAUGAAAAUUUUUCCUUUGAUAGUACUUGUAUUAUUGUGCCAUUAUUUUCUUAUGCUCCAAAUGUACCAAAGAUCUUGAACAGAAUGGAUGUUCACAACUGAGUAGAAUUUUCCUUUCCUGUGGGCAUGGUGUAUUCAGACCUGACAGAUCUUUGAUAGAGGUCAGCUUAUUAAAGGGCAAUAUUGUUCAUGUUUAGCUACAUCACUGUGGUGAAUAUGGAUGGAAUUAAGGAAGUAAAUGCAGGCCAGGGGGUUGUGAUGAGAGGAGAGAUAAUAUCAGCAUCAAAUUCUUUGGGUAUCUCCCUAAGAAUUAAAUAAUCUUUUCUAGCUUAGUAUUUUAAUUCUAAUUCAAACAACUCUCUGAGGUUUUGAUUUCAUUAGUAGUAGCUGAGGAAUAAUAUGCUAGCAAUGAACAGCCUAAUGUUUGUCUUAACUGUUAAUGGAUGAAAGUUUUUAAAGAUACAACCGUGAUAACCAUUAUAAAUGAUCUGUGAUCAAAAUCUAACGUGAUGAAUUAUUUGUAGGAAUGUCUUCCUAUUGGGGAAGGAUUGCAUAGGAGCAUUAUGCAAAUCUACAAAAGCUUUUAUAAAUGUUGCUGCUAAGUAGCUCCACAGUGUUUUCAAAAGACCAUCCUGGUUCCCCCAACUCUCCCAUUUUUGGUUUGUUUCUUUUUAAAUAUUUGUGGAGUACUUAUGUGUUUAUCAAACAGUUCACUUCCAUUUUUUCUAGUCUGGAUUUUUUGAGUAUUUAGGGGAGAGAGCUAUUAAAAACUCUGUGGAUUUCUCAAUUUGACUAACUCUAAUUUUUCUAAUUAUAACUGCCUUUAAUUAAAUAUUAACUUUUGCUGAGGUUUAUGAGAUUUUCUCACCCCACAUCACUCCCCUUUUUAAAAAAAGGACUGUUUUGCUAGUGUGAUAAUGAAUAGGUAAGAUAUGAAAUAACUGCAACAUUGUCUAGUUCUAGUAUGGUAACUAUUCUUGAAAUGGUACUGAAAAAUACCAUUAAUUCAAAUUGACAGAGAUUGAUAAAAAGAAACUGAUUUACCUAAGUUUACUUUUUAAUUGCAUAAUAGAGCAUUUUUUGUUUUGAGUUCCCUCAUUCUUAUUACGAGAAAGAGCUUGCAAAUAGUUUUACUUUCUUGGCACUGGAAGGGUAGUUCUGGAAAGCUACUUUGUUGAGAGUCUCAUUCUUCCCUGGAGUUAAUAGAGUGAUUCACAAUCUUUGGGGUUUUCUCCUCAUCAAAAGCAUUUCUUAAGUGCCUAUCUAAAAGCAAUUAAAGACUGUGUCUGCCCUUUGGAAGCUAAGAAUUCAUGAUGCAAAUUAACUAAUUUGCAAAGUACCCUUGAGAUUGAAUUUUCUCUAUUACACAUUUCCCAUACUUCAGGUGAAUAAUUUAAUUUAAAUGACAAAACCCUAUCUAAUCAACUGGGCAUAAUGACAUUUUCUUUAAAUUAGACUCUAUUUUGAAUUAAAAGAGUUUUAUUAUAAACUGUGUGUUUUUGGUUUUUCUAAGUAUAUAGAAAGCUUGUAUAAUUCAGAUUUAUCGAUUUCCUGAUUUAAUGUAGACUUUGACUUUUUUAUUAAAAACCUUUGUAUUAAAGCAAGUUAUGUUAUUUUUCUUUUAUGCAUUUAUUACUAACAUAGCUUUAAAUCUUUAAAUGUAUUGAAGCAUUGUGCUGUCUGAAAAUAAGGAAUUGCUUAUAAACCAGCCACUUCUGAAUACAGAUAUAGCUGAUUUAAUAAGCUAGUUAGUGAAUGGCAAAUAAGUGUGGAGUAUUAAAAAUGUUCUUUGGUUGGUAAGGCCUAAGAUAGGGUUUCAUUUAUUUCUAUACUUUUUCUGUUUUUUAAACACCUGCAUAUUUUUGUGUAAAUCUCUAAAUUUAAAAUAUUUUUAAGUACAUUUAUUUUUGGUGUUUUAUUGUAUAAAACCUUAGACAAUCAAUCAGUCAGUCCUUCCUGACAGGAGCAGCAGCUAUCUGUCUUUUGCUGAUCUACAAAUAAAUGAAUUGAGAAUUUAGUCCGUAGAGGUCCCUGGCUACCAAACACAUUCUCCUUUGAAUUGUUAAAACUCAGAACCUUCAAAAUAACUGUUUUGCUACAACCAUGAUUAUUUUCCUGCUGUCUUUAUUUAAAUUUAUUUUCUCUUUAGAAGUGCACUUAUUUCUGAAAAAUCUGAAUGAAACAAAUGCUUAGAACAAACAUAAAUAUAAGACACUUGGGACUACUAGAGAUAUUUUAGAUUUUUAUGAAAAACGUGGGGAUAUUGCUGCUUUAAAAAGGAAUAAAGUAAUAAAAAUAUAUCUUAGCUAUUUUUUUAAAGCAUUAUAAUUCAGCAAUUGUCUAGAAAAGUAAUCAUCAGGCUGCUGAGUUUGGGGUUCAGUUACUGAGUUUGGUGUUCAGUUACUGAGUUUGGUGUUCAGUUACUGAGUUUCAAAAAUGUUUUGGUGGUAUGAGGACUUUUCCAUUGAAGGUAAGAUAAGAAUAAAAACUAUGUUUACAAA